UCCGUCAACACCGACGGUGGUUCUCAAAGCGAGAAACCGGAAGUGACUUUUCGUCUGGCGGCUCUCUAAGGGUCCUCCUUCCUGUGAGUUUUCGGCGUCCGUGUGAGACUUGGACGUUUCCAGGCACCUUCUGGGAGGUGCCGGUGCGUCGCGCCGGGUUCCGCUGGCCUCCGGGUGGGAGACCAGGAUGUCCGACACGUGGAGCUCCAUCCAGGCGCACAAGAAGCAGCUGGACUCGCUGCGAGAGAGGCUGCAGCGGAGGCGGAAGCAGGACUCGGGGCACCUGGAUCUACGGAACCCAGAGGCAGCACUAUCCCCAGCUUUCCGCAGUGAUAGUCCUGUGCCUCCUGCACCCCCUUCGGGUGGCCCCAAGUCCAGCACAGCUGCUGCAGUUCCUGAGUUAGCUACAGACCCCGAGUUAGAAAAGAAGUUGCUGCACCACCUGUCAGAUCUGACCUUAACGUUGCCCACAGAUGCCUUGUCCAUCUGUCACGCCAUCUCCACGCCAGAUGCUCCUGCCACUCAAGAAGGAGUGGAAAGCCUUCUGCAGAAGUUCGCGGCUCAGGAGUUGAUCGAGGUGAAGCGAGGGCUCCUGCAGGAUGAUGCGCAUCCCACUCUUGUGACCUAUGCUGACCACUCUAAGCUCUCUGCCAUGAUGGGCGCUGUGGCAGAGAAGAAAGGCGCUGGGGAGGCAGUGGGGACUGUUACAGGGCAGAAGCGGCGUGCAGAACAGGACCCAGCCACAGUAGCUGCCUUUGCCAGCUCUCUAGCCUCUGGUCUGGCCUCUUCAGUAUCAGAACCAGCCAAGGAGCCAGCCAAGAAAUCUAGGAAACAUGCUGCCUCAGAUGUUGACCUGGAGAUAGAAAGCCUUCUGAACCAACAGUCUACAAAGGAACAACAGAGCAAGAAGGUCAGUCAGGAGAUCCUAGAACUAUUAAAUACUACAACAGCCAAGGAACAAUCCAUUGUUGAAAAGUUUCGCUCACGAGGUCGGGCCCAAGUGCAAGAAUUUUGUGACUAUGGGACCAAGGAGGAGUGCAUGAAGGCCAGUGAUGCUGAUCGACCUUGUCGCAAGCUGCACUUCAGACGUAUUAUCAACAAACACACUGAUGAGUCUUUAGGUGACUGCUCUUUCCUUAACACAUGCUUCCACAUGGACACCUGCAAGUACGUUCACUAUGAAAUUGAUGCUUGUAUGGAUUCCGAGGGUCCUGGCAACAACGAUCACACACCAAGCCAGGAGCUUGCGCUCACGCAGAGUGUUGGUGGUGAUUCCAGUGCAGAUCGACUCUUCCCACCUCAGUGGAUCUGUUGUGAUAUUCGCUACCUGGACGUCAGUAUCUUGGGCAAGUUCGCAGUUGUGAUGGCUGACCCACCCUGGGAUAUUCACAUGGAGCUGCCCUACGGGACCCUCACAGAUGAUGAGAUGCGCAGGCUUAACAUACCAGUGCUACAGGAUGAUGGCUUUCUCUUCCUCUGGGUCACAGGCAGAGCCAUGGAGUUGGGCAGAGAAUGUCUGAACCUCUGGGGUUACGAACGCGUAGAUGAAAUUAUCUGGGUGAAGACAAAUCAACUGCAGCGCAUUAUUCGAACAGGUCGUACAGGCCACUGGUUGAACCACGGGAAGGAACACUGCUUGGUUGGUGUUAAAGGAAAUCCUCAAGGCUUCAACCAGGGUCUAGAUUGUGACGUGAUUGUAGCUGAGGUUCGUUCUACCAGUCAUAAACCAGAUGAAAUCUAUGGCAUGAUUGAAAGACUUUCCCCUGGCACUCGCAAGAUCGAGUUGUUUGGUCGACCACACAAUGUGCAACCCAACUGGAUCACCCUUGGAAACCAACUUGAUGGGAUCCACCUAUUAGAUCCAGAUGUUGUUGCACGGUUUAAGCAAAGGUAUCCGGAUGGAAUCAUCUCUAAACCUAAGAAUUUAUAGAAGCAUUUCCUUAUAGAGCUAAGCACCUGGAGCUGUGGCUCUUCAAAUGCAUAUACCUGAAGAGUUAGUAUUUGUACAAUAACUGUUUCUUUUAUUUAAAUAAAGAUUUGUAUUGUAAUUGGAA